AUGACCACUCGCGUUUUGAGUUGGUUUUUCUUUGUCUUGAGCAUUGAAAUUGCGCGCUGCUUUCUUUUGGUGCCCGAUCUGGAGCAAUUGACCAGAAAUUUACCGAACGAGUUAGAACGACUGGCGGAAAGUGUGGACGGACGGAAGUGCAGAGAGGACCUGAAGCUUUUGUCAAAUGGAAUUGCGAACUUGGACCUUUGGGCGCUCAAAAUGCUGGACGUGAAUGCAAAAUGGAACCCUGGUUUCUUAUUGGGAAACAUAAAAAGUUUAGGCAGCUAUGACGGUUGUGUUUCGAUAAAAGAAACAAAUCCGCCAAUCCAGGGAAAAUACUGCUUGACCAACGUGGAUUUUUCAACUGAUAACGAAAAAAUCGACCAACUUCUGGAGUUGGCCACUUUAUGGCGGCGAGACAGAGAGAUUAUCAAGAACAGGACGAUCGCGCCAGUCAUUCCAGACCUUUUGCCUUCAAUGUCACUUAUUCAAUUUGGACUUUGCGUUCCCUCGUCCUGUUCGGCGUUUGACGUGGAACAAGCGUUUCGGGCGCUUUUAAUGCGCACCGAAUUUUCAAAAGGAGCAGCGCAGGUUGAAUCGUGCUACGUGAAUGAAACAAUGGCGCUAUCAAACGGCGAUUUGACUUUCAUAUUGUGUGUAGUUUUUAUUUCCAUUCUAGUUCUUUCAAGCACAGUGAUUGAAUGCUGGUUUGGCUUAAAAACUGAUGGAGGUUUUUGUUACAACUCUCUAAUGGCAUUUUCCCUGCCGACAAACUGGAGGAAAUUGUUCACAAUUUCCAACUCGCCGAACGCCCUGAAAAGCCUCGACGGCAUCCGAGUGUUGAGUACUCUGUGGGUUGUCGCCGGACACAAAAUCAUAUUCACGUUGCAAGAACCGUGGGCAAACAAAUCGUUUCAAAUAGAGUCUCUUGAGAACAUUGUCAACAUGCCGUUGAUCAACAAUAUGCCCAGCGUCGACUCUUUCUUCCUCAUGUCUGGUUUGUUGCGAGCGUUCAAUUUGCUCAAGGAAUUCGAAGGCAACAGAUUUCAAUUCGUCACCGAUUUCGUCCGUCGAUAUUUGAGAUUGACUCCGGCGUACGCACUGGUCAUUGCGUUUUACUCAACUUUGCUGACGAGACUCGGCAAUGGUCCGAGAUGGGAAAAAUUCGUCACGGAACCCGGAGAGGCGUGUGCGGAAAAUUGGCUUUACAAUCUGCUAUAUGUGAACAACUACGUCCAUAACAACAAACACUGUAUCAUGCAAACGUGGUAUCUGGCGUCUGACAUGCAACUAUAUUUAGCGUCGCCGCUUGUGAUUUACUUUUUGUGGAAGAGACCUUCGGCAGGAAAAGUGCUUUUGAUUCUUUUGGCUGUUGUUCCGAUUACUUUCACCGCUUGGUACACCUACACAUAUGAAGUUUUGCCAACUUAUUUGCUGAAUAAUUCAGACAUGAAACUGAUAAGCUAUCAGAAGGAUGUUCAUAUUGCAACUCAACACCGAAUGGCUCCUUACGUCGUUGGUCUCGGUCUGGGCUACGUGCUUUUCAACUACAAAACUGUCAAGCUCAAUUUCUUGACCGUAAUACUAGGCUGGAUGUUGUGUUUGUCGACACUGUACGCGGUCGUCUACGGCGCCUUCAACCUCAUUCAAUACAAUCACAAGUACGACCCGGUCGAAUCCGCCUUGUACGCCAGUUUGCACCGCGUUUCCUGGGCCUUAGCGGUUGGCUGGUUGAUUUUCGCGUGCAAUCGUGGAUUUGGAGGAUGGAUAACGAAAAUUAUGUCGAUGGGAGUGUUUCAGCUUUUCAGUAAAAUUUCUUAUUGCAUCUAUUUGAGUCACUACGUGAUUUUAAUGAUUGGAGCGGCAAGGAUAAAAUCACCUAUUUUUGUCGAUGAAUACGUUGAAAUGCACUCUUAUGCCGGCGACCUGGUUGUAAUCACGGCGGUGGCGACCGUGCUUUACUUGAUGGUGGAAGCUCCUCUUUUCGAAAUCACCCGACUCAUAUUUGCAACACCCAACAAACCUAUCAAGAAGAAGGAAAACUGAAUUACUUAAAAUAAUGAACCAAAAACCAUUAAAAAUAUUAUUUAUCUGCACCAAUUAAGAGAUUGUAAGAUGCAAUUUUUAAUAAAAAAUUUAAAUUUCAAUAGAUUAAAUUCGUGGUUCAAUAAAAGCGUAAAUCAAGCAAUCUUAUCUUGUAUCGAAUUCAGAGAGGAAAAAAAAGAAGAUUAAUGGCUGCCUUUUUUCACGAUGGUUCUUGCAAACGACCUUGCGUUUUUAAUUUUUAUCGCGUCUAGGAUGUAUGGAGAAUACGCCAGCGGUCGCUUGGAACAUAAAACAAGAUUAGCAGGAAUUCCCCAACGAUGAAGCCAAAA